GGAGCCAAAACCACCUGAUCACAUUUUUCCUGCUCCUUUUUGCCCAGCACGACUUGACAGUACAGACGAGCAGUGUUUCAAAUUCUCAGACUGUGCAAGCUGCACCGCCAACACGCUGGGCUGUCAGUGGUGUGAGGACAGGAAAUGUAUCUCUGCCUCCAGCAACUGCACAGUGCUAACUCUGGAGCUGGCCCAGCAGCAUGGCGGCGCUCUGUCUCUGUCUCGCCCACCAUCCAUGUUGUCUGAACAUCAGCUGAGUUUGUGGAAGCACGGAGCCAGAAGGAGGGGACAUUCGGUGAGAGACUCGUCCAGGUGUAAGCACAGGGAGGAGCAGGAGUGUUUCAGACUGGCCAACUGCAGGAGCUGCUCCCUCAACAUCAACUGUCAGUGGGAGCUGCAGCAACAGGAGUGUCAAGCUCUGCCUGGCCAGCUGUGUGGGGAGGGCUGGCACCACGUGGGGGAGGCCUGCCUGAGGAUCAACUCCAGCAGAGAGAGCUAUGAUAACGCCCAGCACUACUGCAAAAACCUGGGAGGAAAUAUUGCCUCUUUGCUCUCUGACAAACAGGUCAAUUUUGUUAUGGAAGAGCUACAAAAAUACCAGCUGCAAGAAAAGGGGCUAUCCCCCUGGGUUGGCUUACGGAAGAUCAACGUGUCAUACUGGGGCUGGGAAGAUGCGUCACCCUUCACCAACACCAGCCUGCGGUGGUUACCCGGAGAGCCCAGUGACUCAGGCUUCUGUGCCUACCUGGAUCGGACACAGGUGGCUGGUCUUAAAGCCAACCCCUGCACGGCCACGACCGAUGGCCUGAUCUGUGAAAAACCUGCUGGGAGUCCACAGAGUCAGAGUGCUCGUCCCUGCAAGACACCCUGCUCUCUGCGCACCAGCUGUGCCAACUGCACCAGCCAGGCCAUGGAGUGCAUGUGGUGUGGCAGUACGCAGCGCUGUGUCGACUCCUCGGCGUACGUCAUCUCCUUCCCCUACGGACAGUGUCUGGAGUGGCAGACUCAGGACUGUACUGCCCAGAACUGUUCAGGUCUGAGGACAUGUGCCGAGUGUUUGGAGAGGGCGGAGUGCGGUUGGUGUGGUGAUCCCAGUAACACCGGCAAGGGUGUUUGCAUGGAAGGCUCUUACAGAGGCCCCCUGAAGCCUGCUAUUGCCAGGGCUGGGCCCCGAGACCGAGACAGACUACGAGACCGGGACAUGGUGCUGGACCAGAGUCUCUGUUCGUCUGAUAGAGGCUACAACUGGGCCUUCAUCCACGUGUCAGUGUAAUGGUCACAGCAGGUGUGUGAACGGCAGUGUGUGCGAGCACUGUGGGAACCUGACAGCAGGGACGCACUGUCAGAGCUGUAUGCCCGGCUACUAUGGCGACCCUAUCAACGGAGGGAAAUGCAACGCAUGCAAGUGUAACAGCCAUGCCAACGUGUGCCACGUCAACACAGGGAAGUGCUUCUGUACAACUAAGGGCAUCAAGGGAGACCAGUGUCAACUGUGA